AUGGGAUUUACAUCGAGACGCUUUCUCAGUUUGAAACCGUCGAGAGCGCUCCCGUUGUUGCCUUUUCUGUUUACAUUGUUGCUCGUCGGGAGCCAAGGCGAUGGUAAUGCGAUGGACAACGUCGCAACAGAGAGGCUGGCUGAGGAGAGCCACCGACAGGACAGUGCCAAUCUACUUAUAUUCAUAAUGCUCUUAACACUCACUAUUCUAACCAUAUGGCUGUUCAAACACCGGCGGUUUAGGUUUCUACACGAAACCGGACUUGCUAUGAUCUAUGGUAAGAGCCAAUCAAUGUCCUCAAGUUAGCCCACCGUGCUAGCUGACUGACUGUGCCGCUGAUGUUUCGGUUAAACGAGUGACCGUGUUAUCUGGUGCCCAAGGGUCGAACGCAUCGGCGGUUGGUGCCGUUGGCCUCUGGCACGCUCUGCGUCAACCCGUGACACAUUCGGCUGGAAACCGCCAGUUAACACGGUCACCGAUUAGAUCGAAACACUUGUAGCUCUUCGUACCACUAAACCAGUGUGCUAACUCUUAAUGAUUAUUUGACAAAGGUGGCAGCUUCAUGCUCAAAAUGUAUAGAUAAAUAACGUAAAUAAUUAUUACAAUAAUUAAAUUUAAUAAUAAGUAUUAAUUUGUGCUUCUCCAGUAUUAAAUGUCAAAGAAACUGAGAUUAAAGGGAUAUUCCGGUGUAAAAUUAAUUUAGGCUAAACACUCCGCAACACUGUUAGACACCCCCUCGAGAGAUGAAUGUUGACUGCUUGCUUCGUUAGUUAUACCAACUUUAGUAUGUGUAUUGCUAUCGUGCGGUCGUUACUAAAGUUGGUAUAACUAGAGAAGUAAGCGGUCGGCAACAUUCAUCUUUCAAGGGGGUAUCUAAGUUUGACCCUCAAUUAAUUUUACGCUGGAAUAUCCCUUUAACCUCUAAGUAAUUGGCAUUUUUACCGUCCUCUAAAUAAAGGUACUCCACUAUCAGUGAUUAAAUCGUAAAUCCUGCUCUUUAGCUUGCCACUCAGUCAUUUUCAGUAUAUUGAGAGAGGCUGAUUGAUGUACUAAUUAAAGUAUAUAGCACAUCCAGAUAAUUAGAAGCAGCUGCUUUAAAUAGAACCUUGGUACAUUUUGCUGCUUAAAAACCAGACCAUGGUUAUGUUUUUACCAUAUUUAGGUUUGCAAACCAUCCUGCUUUUCUUAUUUCCCUCCCUCUCCUCUAAAGGCCUGUUGGUCGGCGUCAUCCUGCGAUUUGGGGUCCAUGUACCUCAGAGCAUGAGCAAUGCGACUCUCAGUUGUGCCGUCAACGCCAGCCCGGCAACACUGCUGGUCAAUGUCAGCGGGCGGUUCUACGAGUACACUCUGAAGGGGGAGGUCAGGGGCAAAGGUCACCAAGUUCAGGAUGAUGAGAUGCUGAGAAAGGCAAGUAGAAGAGUGGAUGGAGUGUGAAUGACUGUUAUGAAGUCACAACUAGCAUUACUAAAUUAUGACACCAAUGAAAUGGUUAUGAUUGUGUUACUGAUUGUUUUGAAUGUGUACAGACACACAUAAGGAAUUCUGUAUAAACAGUAACGACAACUUUUCAUUAUGUACAACUGUCUUUAGGUAACCUUUGACCCAGAGGUGUUUUUCAACAUUUUGCUGCCUCCUAUCAUCUUCCACGCCGGAUACAGUCUGAAAAGGGUAAGAAGGUCAAAAUGAGUUACGGAACGGUUACAAAUGAGACCCAAAAAAGGCCUUAUUUCGAGAGAGACAUCUGUUUAUUUUGCCAGCUGGACUACCAGAACCACGAGUCUUUGUUCUAUUUGACCUGUCUCCUUGUUUGUCACAGAGACAUUUCUUCAGGAAUAUCGGCUCCAUCCUGGCCUACGCUUUCAUGGGAACUGUUGUAUCCUGCUUUGUUAUUGGGUAAGUCCCUUGAUCAUACCCAGCAUUGUCUCACAAGUUGUGUAUUUAAUCGAUAAUUGGACUAAUUCUGUUGAUGUCAGGCUCUUCUGUGACUUUUACAAAUCCUUUCUUUUCUCCAGACUGAUCAUGUAUGGCUUUGUGUCCUUCAUGAAAGUUGUGGGACAACUUGGGGGAGAUUUUUUCUUUACUGACUGCCUCUUCUUUGGGGCCAUUGUGUCAGCAACAGAUCCAGGUAGGUGGUGCCAUAAAACAUGUCCCCCAAAUUUAUGUUUUUCCUUAAAUGUGUAUUAUCUCUCGUCUCAGUUCAAGGUUUCUGCCUGUUUGAAUUUUUGUGUACUGCACCUAAAAGUGUUUUUCUCUUCUGUUUCAGUGACGGUACUGGCUAUCUUCAAUGAGCUAAAGGUAGAUGUGGACCUCUAUGCUUUACUCUUUGGGGAGAGUGUCCUUAAUGAUGCUGUGGCCAUUGUCCUCUCCUCGUAAGUAUCAUUUUCUGAAUUAGUAUGUACAUUUUUAGAGUCAUUACUUGUAGUCCAUACUGGCUUUGACUAGCUUUGUUGGAAGCGAAAAUACACACCCCUCUUUGCGCUAAAUUAAAGUCCUCAUUAAGGUUAAAGCCAACUGAGGCUUCAACAGGAGGUUUUGCAUUUACCUCUCGAGUGUAUAUUCAAGGUUUUGUGCUCGUGUACAUUUUUGGGUUUUAAAAAUGAAGCCCUUCAAAACCCUUCAAGUCUGAGUUCUGUGUUAAUAACCUGACCAACAAUGAGUGUUUCUUUUAUUUUGGUAGAUAUUUGUGUUGUCACUAAUCAUACUAACACCAGUCCCUGUCAUUUCACUGCUUGCCUUUCUUCACCUCCCUCCGUGUCAUUCAUCGCUUCCUGUACGUAUGUAUGCAUGUAGUGUUCUCCUCCGUUUGGAGAAAGAGAGUAGGCGGGGGGCUGGAGCUGUGCUCCCUCAAAAAGACGAUGUUCCGGUUUGGCCAGAAGGGGUCGAGGAAUGGCUGGGAGAAAACCAGACAUUUGCUCCCCGGUGGGUGGGUGUGGGUGAUUUACACGGAUAUGCUGGCGGACUUGAAGAGUCAGAGCCUAAAAUGUCAACAUGCUGCAUGUCUUCAUCUUGAUCCUUCUCUUGUCACUUCAGCCUUUCCAACCUUGUGUUUCUCCUGUUUUGUUUUUGCUCAAUAGACAAAUAAAUGCAAAUAAUCAUAGAUUUAAAAAAAAAUCUGUGUGCUCUGUUUUGUUGCUCUCUAAUUUGAGCACUACUCUCCUGAAGGGGUGAUAUCUGAUUUAAUUUUUUUGACUCUUCUUCCUUCUUUGGUACUAAAUACUUAUUACAAAAAUGGUACGAAAAGAUACAUGUUCUAUUGACUCAAAACAUGCAAAACUCUUUUUUAUUCCCUCCUUAUUACCAUCAAACCCCAGCGUCAGUGCAUGUGUUUGUCUUCAUUAUGUUUAAGUGGUAACUUUAGUCCUUCAAGUGUACUUAAAAUCAGAUAACCUACAGGAUGGUAAACCUUGACCAUCCUUGGAUUUGUGUUGCUGCAAAUUUGAUUGAAUUCCUUAUUUCUGCUUCAAACUUCAGUUUCGUUGUCAUGUGAGCAGCAUGUGUUUGAAUCUGACCAGUUUCUCUUUUAUGAGUAAAUGUUUUUUUUUUUUGUAUUCAUUGUCUGUCUGUUUAUCUGUGUGUCAGCUCUAUCGUGGCAUACCAGCCUGCUGGAGACAACAGCCACAGCUUUGAGGCGAUGGCCUUGUUGAAAUCCUUCGGCAUCUUUUUGGGUGUCUUUAGCGGAUCCUUCGCUCUCGGGGUGGCCACUGGAGUCAUGACCGCUUUCAUAUCCUUUUUUCGGUAGUUGCAGGUGUGCUGUAACAGAAGAAUCAAACUGAAUUGUCAGAUGUGUCUGAUGUUUGACAGCUGCAUGUCAGACUUUCCAUAUGGGCUGCUUUAAUUGACCCAAAACUUGAUAUUUGUCUCUGACCUGGUACUUAAAAUGUUUUUACUUCUCCAGUUCAUCAACCUAAGCUGUUAGCAACUACCAAGGAGAUAUUUUCAUACCUUAUUUGGGGUGAGGGGGCUGAUGGUGGACAUUUUGUUUGAUCUUUGACUCUCACUUUUCAUCACGUGACCAAGUUUACGAAGCUGAGGGACUUCCCACUGCUGGAGACGGCUCUAUUCUUCCUCAUGUCCUGGAGCACCUUUCUCCUGGCUGAGGCCUGCGGGUUCACAGGUACAUCUGCACACAGAAUAUAUCCAUGCAGUUUACAAUGGAACUCACUGCAUCUUGUUUUGAUGAGAGUUUAAGUCAGCAGCAUUCCAGAUGUUGGCUGUAAGUAGUUUGACUCUGUAUUUGCAGUAAAAAUAACCCAAGAGCGUCUUCAUUUUUGCUCUAUUUACGGGCAACCACACAAAAUCACUUUGCCGUUUAAAGUUAUCUCUGAAGUUGUUCCAAAUUUCAGUUACUGUACCUGUACCUGUUACCUGAUUAUAAGGCGCACCAUCAAUGAAACGCGUCUAUUUUCUCAGCUCUGUGAUAUGAUGCUUCUUGUUCUUCAGGUGUGGUGGCUGUGCUGUUCUGUGGGAUCACUCAGGCCCACUACACAUUCAACAACCUCUCCCCUGAAUCUCAGGACAGGACCAAACAGGUAAUAUACACUCAGCUGUCUUUUAGGAUUGAUCCCAUUACUCUGUGAUCACACAGUAUUAAGAAUUGUAUGAGAGCUGUCAUUAAAGCGAUUAAACAGUGACUUAUACUCGUAUAACACCAGGAAACAAAGAAGAACACAGAGUGAAAAGAUAAGUCAGUAUUCAGAGGAGAGGAUGUUUCUAAACCUCUGUCGUUCUUUAGAAGUAGGGCGAACUCACGGUCAUUCUUACAGCAGAUUUCUAAGAAAACAGGCUGAUGACGUGCUGAUUUCCACUGAAGUGGAGGGCUGGUCUCUGUGGUUCCUGUUACUGAUCACACUAGUCAGCAGAAGCAGGUGCUGAAAAUACAAAAUACACAGUGAGUGAAACUCAGUCAGAGGGCUGAAAUGGAACUUGAAACCUUUGAUACAUGUUGUGUCACGAAGGUUGAUGGACACUGUGUUCAAAAGUGGACUCAGAACAUCAUCAACAUCACUGUUUAUGAGGGUUUGAAACGUAGAUUUUUAGUUUAGAGUAACUUCAGGAAAGAAAACUGACAGGAACUCUCAUUUUUUGACUAAAGUUGGUCUAAGAAUACUCAGGUUUGAUUCAGGAGGAUUCACACAAGGUUGUAAGCAUAUCUGUCAAUUGGUGAAGACAGCUGAGUGUACAAAGUAAGGGCCUGUGCACACCAACAGCCUUUUUUGCACUGUCAGCCUCCUAGAUAAUGCCACAGUGUUUCCCCUUUAGUGUAUUUGGUGCCCCAACGGAGCAAACGGAUACCCUGACCCUGCCAACAAGAUCUCAACCCAGAAAUUGAAGUCGUAGAUCAAUAUAUACGUUGAAUUUUUAUUUUUUAUCAAAACGCUCCUCUGCGACAAGCUGGACUCUCCACUCGCUCCUCUCUCCACUCGCUCCUCUCUCUAUCUCACAGCUUACACGCAUACUAACAUGCCGUGCCACGUAGGUCAGAGGCGUGGCACCACUGAUUCUGGUAUUCUGGUCGCGAGCGUUUUCCACUCAUACCGUGCCAGUUUUGGGCACGAUGGUUUUGACGACCUGGGGUUCUGGCUCCUUUUCAUCGUGCUUGCCGCCAACAAAACAAUAAAAAAAUGGUCAUUGAGCAUCAAACUGUCCCCGAACGUUCAGCACCCCAAUUGAAGAUAUACGCAUUCUUCAAAAAGACGGUACUUCUUGAUGCCCCGAAAACAGGCCGACGUAUGUCUAUGUUAUAUGUGUCUCCCCUCCCCCUGUCAAAGCGAAAAAGCUAAGGGAAACACUGAUUAGUACUCCUAGCGUUGAGCAUCCUUUUCUAAAUCUCCGAUUAAUAACGUGUCUUCAGUUAAUCCAAAAUCUCGCCAAACCCUCACCAUGUUGGGAAGGUUGGGUGAAGUGUAAAUGUGUAAAUUUUCAUACAUGCUGUUUGUUUGUCUUCUCCCAUCAGUUGUUUGAGUUGCUGAACUUCCUGGCAGAGAACUUCAUCUUCUCCUACAUGGGUCUGACUCUCUUCUCCUUCCAGUCGCACGUCUUUAACCCUUUGUUCAUCAUUGGAGCCUUUGUAUCCUUAACACGGCUGAGAUGCGUCAGGGACAGUUGAUCCUGACCAGGAAUAGUUGACAUUGGUCCCUAUAUUGGUCGUCACAAAUACACCUCAUUUGUAGGGAUGCAUCGGGUAUUUGUAAUCGGAUUAUUUUGUAUUCCCGCCCGCUCUCUUUUAGUUCUGUGUUUCGUCCCUAACUUUCCUGUGUAGCUGGCCGUGUUUCUGGGCAGAGCAGCAAACAUCUACCCUCUGUCCUUCCUGCUCAACCUUGGCCGUAAGAACAAGAUAGGAUCAAACUUCCAGCACGUCAUGAUGUUUGCAGGUGAGACGGUAAAAUCUCAGACCUGUCAGGAUUUUGUACUGUUCUACGAUGCAGAAUUAACCUUGGUUAAAAUGGUGUUUGUCUGUCUGUGUCCUCUAGGUCUGCGUGGGGCGAUGACUUUUGCUCUUUCCAUCAGAGAUACAGCAACCUACGCCCGUCAGAUGAUGUUUUCAACCACCCUCCUGAUUGUCUUCUUCACUGUCUGGAUCUGUGGAGGUGGCACCACGCCCAUGCUGUCCUUCAUGAGUAUACCGUAAGUCCCUGCAGCUGCUUUUGAAGCCAGCCAUUCGCAUUUCCUCUGCAGAAUACCUUCCUAUCAAAGUCACUGUUCGUACAUUUCUGCUCUCACAGGGUGGGUGUGGACUCUGAUCAAGACAGCUCUGUAAGUUGUUCACUCUCACUGAACUGUUUUUGUCUUUAAAUAAUGUUUGGUUACUGAAAACGCUGGAACUGAAACUGACAUUUAUGUUCUGCUUUAAAGAGCACAGCUGUGCUGGACGGCUCACAGCGGAGGAACACCAAACACGAGAGUGCUUGGCCUUUCAGGAUCUGGUAUAACUUUGACAGGAAGUAUCCUUUGAUUGGAGCUCUAUUCGAGUGACUGUUUCCACAAGCGUGGCUACAUCCAGAUUUGGACACUAGAUGGUGCUCUCCCCAAACUAUGAAAUAUGAACGUGACGAGAGCAUGAGGCUUUAUCAAGUUAUAGUCAAUGUUGAAGUCUGAGGAUUUCAAAAAUUCACUGGUGAAAAUAACUUGAAAUUUGUUUAAUGUGGAUUUUAUUGCAGCAGUGAAAUAGUAAUGCAGGAUCCACCAGAGUUAAAUAUAAAUGAUCGGGCUGGGAUGAUAUGCUUUUCUCCCGAUUUGAUUCUUCUACGAUUUUUUGGAUGCCGAUUCGAUUUAAAUUGCGAUCGUAUGAUGUAGACGAUUUUCUUGAUAUUCAGUCUGCAUUUUUAACACCAGUGAAACAGUUGAAUGAUUAUGAUUGUCUACUGACGAUUCCAGGAACCAUAUUUCCCCCCAAAAUACUCGAAAUAGUAACUAAAAAUAAUAGAUUUUUGAACAUAAAUCGAUUUAAAAAUUGUGAAACAAAAAGAUCGUAAUACUUAAGUAAAUCGAUUUUUUUCUCCCACCCCUAAUAAUCUGACAGAAAUCAGAAAUGCACCAUUUGAUAUAGACUGAUCGCCCCGAGCGUUAGGACCACUGACAGGUGAUGUAAAUAUAAUUCAGUGAAUUCACAUGAAUUAUAAAACUGCACUUUUAAUUUACACACAAUCAGUAAUCCUACGAAAAUCUUACUGAGCUGAAUGCCUCAUUGUCUCAUAGUCAGACCUGGAAAAUGUGGUUCAGGAUCGAUCUCCCCUAGGUGUUCUUUGCAUUCAGACUUUGAACAGCAUAAAUGUGUUGAAAACAGUGAAACCUUCACAGUAGACAAGGAAGAGAAGUAAAAACAGAUAACAGAGCUGUGAAGUUUUCUAUAUUCUCACUGUUGAAAAAUUGAAUCAGGUAAGUUGAAAAAUAAGGAGCACAUAAAGAACUUUGGGGCACAAUGGAAAUUUAUCAAAUAAUGUUUGUCUUAAUGGUUGUUUUAAGUUCUAUUAUUUGAAAUCGGUUUUAGGUCUCUUGGUCACAUGACAUGGAAGCUAUUGAAGGAAAACAGCCUUUUCUGAGAACACCAAUCAUAAUUAAUGGAUGAUCCCUUAUUCAACACCCGACGUUGACAGCGAGGAUGCCGAGUAGAUUUAACCACGCUGCUGUUGCUGUUACCGGUUAUGGAGAGUUAGAAGACAUCGGUAGAUCUGCAGUGAAUGUCCGUCGGUUAUCCAACCUAAAGCUAACUUCACCGCGGUAUUUACAUGAAAAAACAUUUGUUGCCCUGGAUGGUUUUUUUAAUACACACAUGUGCCCCUAAAUACAUUUUACAAUUCGCACACAUCUACUUUUAAUCGCUAAAGCGAGUAAAAUGGUCACACUGCCGAGCCCUGACCUAGCGUAGACGGAGAAGAACAGAAAUCCCUUCAUCGGACUAAAACAGAAGCCCAACCCAUGUGUGUGUGCAAACAUACAGACUGUCUGUCCCUGUACAUUAUCACAUGUCAGUGAGUGGGACAUAUUCUUUAGCUGCAAGUUGAUGUGUUGGGAGCAGGAAAGGAUUUGAGCAGUUUUGACAAGAACCAAACUAGAUGAGACUAUGGGUAAUGGGUGGCCAAGGCUCCCUGCUGUAAAACUGUGUGACUGAAUGAAGCGUUCUCUCAAACAGAGGGCCUCACGCUUCAUCGAUAAGCAUCAAAACCUCAGUAUCAAUGUUUUUUUUUUUUUUAUGUUUUCAGUUUUGCAUUUGAUUUUCAGGAAAUUGAACCUGUCUGAUCGAUGGAACUCUUUGUAGUCCUUGACAAAAGCUUGUUCUCCAGCUACUUAAAGCCGCUCCUGACCCACAGCGGCCCCCCUCUCACUGCCACUCUGCCUGGUUGUUGUGGACCGCUGGCCCGAUGCCUUACCAGCCCACAGGCCUAUGAGGUUUGGGGAUGAGAUUGAGUUUGAUGCUCUUUUCACUGGAGAUCUAGAAGAAUGAAUUUGAGUGUUUUACUAAAAGGCAGGACUUUGAUUUACUUGUUUUCUCUCCCUCUUUCAUUCUUUCAACUCACCAGAACGAAGGUCAGCUCCACGACGAUGACUCCGACUUCAUCUUGAACGAUGCCAACGUGAGCUCCAUGUACGCAGAUGUCACAGUCACCACAGAUGCCUCCGGGUCCCGUACCAUAAACCGCAAACGCUCCUCCACCGCCAGCACCGGAGGCGGGCCGUCUGACGAAGGCCUGGAUCACGAGCUCUCCCUGGCGGAACACGAAGUGGCGAUCAGGGGCACACGGCUGGUCCUGCCCAUGGAUGAUCCGGUGGAGCCCCCUACCACCGUCACUUUGCCUCCGCCGCCCUCUCCGCCACACUCGGACCCUCGCAGGCACAGACUGUGAGGGGGAAAAGCAUCUGUUAGUAUGCAUCCAAAUGAUCAGCUGCUUAAGUCACACUAAAUUCUGCCAUGGAGCAACUUCUGCUUUUCCAAAAACCGUGAGGCCAGUUUGAUUUCACUCACAGUCGAGGUGGCUUAUUUUAAUGUUGAAUGUGCGCUCACCUUCAGAAAGGUAGGUACUGUAAAUCAAGUCCACCUCUUACUUAAAGGUUCUUUCAAAUCAAGCAGGAUGCUCGUUUAGCUGCAAGUUUCGGAUGCUAAAAUGUGGCUUGUGUCUGCUAAUUCUUCGUACUACUGUGUUGACAUGCCAGUGCUGUACUCUGUACUCGAUCGGGGUGUCAGGGUCGACCUCUGAACCUUGCACGCUCUUCACUCUCUUUACAUCUCCUCCUGUAACAAGGGCCAGUAUUUGUCCAGCUUGCUGUGACCUCUAGUAACCAACAAACCACAUUUACUCUGUUUACUAACGUUCAGUUUCUUACACUACGGUUACAUGACAAGUCUUACUCAUCUACGAGUUUGUGGACGGGGUUUGUCAUGAUUGGUAAAUGUGAAAGCAGCUUGACAUGGACAUUAAAAUUGUGAAUGAAGGAGUUUUGAGUUUUAAAAAACACUGUAGAUACUGUAAGGUACAGAUAAAACAGGAGUGAGGGAGAGAAAGAGAGAGAGAGUCCAGGAGUGUCUCCACUAAGUCUGAACACUGCCUGUCUCUGCUCUUCUUGAUCAGUCUUUUCGUUUUAUUUAAGUAACAAAAAUGAUUUAUUUAUGUCAUGAUUUAUUUUUAUUUAUUAUUUAUUUAUUGUUUUAUUGUAUGGCAUUAAUUAUAACUCUGCCCUGAUCAAAAAAAAAAGGACUGCUCUGUGGUUAACGGCUGUUGUUGCACUACUUUUUUUUCCUAACAAGGUACUUUGUACAGUCGGGGAGUCAAGGGAAGGUAGAUAUUCACUUUAAGGAGUUUUUCUUUUACGAAUGUGUGCAUAUGAAGAUAUUGCCCUCCUGCGCUGUAGCGACCCUUUCCUUGAGUAUUAGACAACAAGAGCUUCCUUGUGCGUACUUUAAAACUGCGUGCGUCUGUACGUUUGUGUCUGAUGUCAGACUGAAACAGGGUUAUUAGGGCUAAUGUUUUUUUUUUUGUCUCGAUUUUAUUUGGUUUGAAUCUUUCAAAGAGCUGACUGCCAUAUCUUGGUGAUCUUAUCAUCAAAGAUGACUCUGAGGGCUGGCUGAACUGUUUGAAUUAAAGUGCCUAUUUAGAAAUUCAAUUACCUAAUGUAGAUUUGUACAUAUUUUGAUUUGCUAUUGUGCGGUACACUGAUCCUUGUUGAUCUUUCUAUGACUCUGAACGACUGGACUGCAGUUGGACACGCUAUUGUGGUUUAACAUGAGCGUAAAGGGACUGACUGAAGUGAAACGACUUGUUUUACAUCUGUUUGAAAUCCUAAAAGAAUACAAACUAUGUACCGUUUGUAUUCUGUCAGAUAUAGCUUAUCUAAUAGACAUUCGACAAAUGGAUGGUCGUAUUUGCUGAAAAGUAUUUGUGGUAUUUGAAAAUGAAACAAGUAGGGAUUUGAUUUGUUUUUAUUUACCAGUGAGCUCAAGGGACUGACUCGUUUAUGACACUUUUUACUGAUGCACUGUUGAGGCUUAUUAACUUCCUUGUCCAUGCCUCAUUGAGAAUUAUUUUGAACUGACACCCCUCCUUUUCCUCGUCUUUUCUUCCCUGUUGUUUUUAGUAAUAAGCUCUGAUUUCCAUAACUUGUGUAGAAUUCCUGUUUUAAAACAUGCAAGACUCAAGGAAACUUCGUGUAUCUGCACAAAAAUGUCUUUUUGAUAUGGAAACAGUGGGAAAAACUGAUGGAUGGUGGACUGACGCAAAUUUUUUUUUUUAUUGCAGUACAGUCACCCUUAGUUUUCAUUUGUUGUGUAAAUGUACCUAAAACCAUUAAAAAGGGUUUUUAUAGCAAUUCUAAAUCAGUACGAUAGCGUCUUUAUCUUGAAGUAAAGAUCUUAACAUUUGUUUCUACUGUUUGUAGAGCCUGUUUAUGACAGUUAUAUUUGUGAAAAGUAUACCUGCAAUGAAACUGUGUGUUAAUGUUUUUUUUUUAAUGUGAAUUUAUGUUGAGGAGAACGUUAUCUCAGAUUUAAUAGAUUUCUUCUUGUAUAGUUCCAAUGUUAUUAACAGUGUCUCCUGUCAAACUUCCUGCAAUUGUACAAGAAUAAAAUAAAAUGACUCCUGAUAAUGACGUGUCUUUGAUAUAUAUUUAACAUUAUAUAACUGUAGAAAAAAUGUUUUUUUGUUUAUUCUUGGUCAGCUCAUCUCGCAUGUAUAUUCUGACUGAUAGAUAUACUCUAUGGUUUGUUUUUAACACAUUUUAUUUUGAAGGGAUAUUCCGGCGUUAAAUUAAUUUAGGGUCAAACACACCGUAACGCCGAGUUAGACACCUCCCUCGAGAGAUGAAUGUUGUCGACCGUUUGCUUCUCUAGUUACACCAACUUUAGUAACGACUGCAGGAUAGCAAUACACAGCGGUUUGAGGAGCCAUAAACAAAUCUCAACCAAAACGACACUCUAUAGCCACAAGCAAUGUCUCACUCUAACUUCCUACUUUAUUUUGAAGGUCUGCGCUCUUACAUCCGGUCUUCGCCUAGUAGUCAGUGCUAACUUGACGCAGCCGCAGAUGGAAGUCAGGAUUUAAAACGUGCGAGGGUCUCGUCGAUUAACCGGAGUUCCGCUGCUGCCACACAGCCGAGGGGACUCCACUCAUCCCCGCUGCAGUCAUCACCCUGAGCCCGGUAAGCUGGAGCUGAGAUGGAGCCGCUGUUCAACUGCUGUUUAAUAUCUAUCCGAACACGGUUCUUGUUUCGCUUGUUUUCAGACAAACUCUUAACUGUGUUGUAGUUUUUUUCCUUCAACAUACAGGUUAUAUGAAGUAAAUCUAAACUUGUUCUUAUCUAAAAAACUUCAAAUCUGUCUGAAGUUGUUUAUUUUGAUGCAAAGGAGGUCAUUUAUCAAAUCUUUUACAUCAUGUCAUAUUCAGAAAUUUACUGUAACAUGGUCUUCUUUCACACAUGUAAUGAUAUUAUAGAUUUUUUCACUUGAAAGGCUGUAUUUUUAUAUGUGGACAAGACACAGGUCCUAAAGUUGUCUGGGGCGUUGGCUAUCUGUCUCUGUUUCUGAAAGUGUGAGUCUGCAUAUGUGUGUGUGUGUGUGUGUGAGAGCUACAGUUACAUGCUGAAUUGAGGAGGUCAGGGCUGCUUCUGAAAUCUGUUUCCAGUUAGAGAGUCUCCGUUUUUCUCUCACUGAUGGAACCACUGAGCUUAAAAAUGUCCACUGAAAUUCCUGUACUGCUGUUUUAUAGUCAUUUUUUAUAGUAUGUGUGUUGGAAUCAGGGUUUAUGUUUCAUCUGGAUUCAGUUUUUCUGUUUUGUUAAGUAUAGCUAUGGAUAACUUCUCUUUAUCCCACUGCAGACUGUGAAAUCGUGUCCAAAUUCGUAAAUAGUAUAAAGCAAAACAAAGUGUCCAGCGUAGUAAAUUCUGAUAGUUUUUCGAGUCGGGUUGAGUGUUUUUUUACACGCUUCCAACUCAGUAAGUCCACACAACACAAACUCAAAACUUCCAUACAAAACCCCAUACAUUUGAAGAAUUUUAUAAACUCCCACGGAUGCGAUUAUUAUUUUUUUUUGUAGGAUGGUAUAGCCUCUGAUUGGCUAUAAGUGCUGGGCUCCGAUUGGUUAUUCCUAAUGGCUGUGAAACGUCAUCAUCUGUCGGGUUAGGGUUAGGGUUGGGGUAAAAGUUAAGGUCCUUACACACCAGGAACAACGCAAAUAUAUGAUGCAAAAUUGCGAAAUAUUCAGAGGCGAAUUUUGACGCGUCUGACAAUACACAUCAGGCGCAAUGCGAUAUCUUCCAAAUAUCUUCCCCUAUCUUUUAGACCUCGAGAAGUCCAUCAUUUUAGUCCUAUUGACAUUCAGAACUAGCCUUAAUUUAUAAAGAUUUGUCUGGACAACAUUAAGAGCAGCUUGUAGGUCAUUAAAAGGAAGAUAAUGAGGUGUCAUAAAAUCAUAUCAUCUGCAUAAAAACGAAACUCUGCAUAAAACUGUACAUAAAUAAAAAAUAAAACAGGACCCAGAAUGGACCCUUGUGGGACACCAUUUUAGGCAAACCUUGAACUGGGACACAUUAGCUCCUGUUUUGCAGACAACUAUUUAACCACUGAACUGUCGUUGGUGAAAACCCAGUUAGUUUUACCCUCUGUAAAACAAUCGAAUAAUCGUCUGUGUGAAAACCCUUAGAUAAGUGUUUUAUCCAGCAACAAAUACCUGGAGACAACUAAAGGAAAGGUAAAGCCCUGACAAAUGUUGCAAAUCAAGAAAAAUGCCUUCUCAAACAUAUAUUUUGUUUACAGGCUGAUGGCUACUGCCUAUUUUAACAGCCAUAUGGGGGUACUUUAGUUUGUCUUUCAUGCUCACAGACAGUAAAUAAACCAAGACAGGCCCAUGUGUGUAACUGACCUUUUGUAGCCCAACACACACCCAUAAGCACACCCACCGGAGGACCAUAGGGAAUUCUGGCUGCAGUCAGUGCUGCUGCCUGCAUGUUAAAGAAAUUACCAUGAGCUCAUUCCCAUAAAAAUACAUCACAGGCUUGUAAAACUUUAUGCAAUUUGUCUGGCUUCAUGUCAUGGUAAGUCCCAGUUGUGUUUUGCCUGUUGUGUUAUUACGAGGUAGAAUGUAAAUGGGCUUCAGACGCUCUGUUUCUUCUUUUUAUGGCUCCCUAAUGGGAGUAUUUUUUAGUCGAUUUUUAAUGGAGAUUUUGGUAGGGUUUAAAGGCUCUGAUGACAUGAAAGUAGAGUAGGUUUUGAUCUGGAAACUUGGCAGCGUGUUUCCUUCGACCCGCAGCCAUUACAAGCUGUUGUGAUGUGCUCUGGUAGACAAUAAUUAAUGGUUUGGGUAUUGGCAUAAAAAAGGCUUUAGUAAUGAUUGACAUGAGGAAAGUAAAGGUAGAUGAGGAGGAGAAACGAACAACACAGAUUUAUUUUAAAUGAAAGAAUAGUAUGGAUCAUUUCGAUGUACGUACACUCAACACUGUUGUGGUAAGUGUGUCUCAUAGCGGACUCCAGCAGACUUUGUGUAAUUACAUUAAUCUGCUAAAAGUAAGUCUAGUAAAGUGACGUCAGUUUGUUAUGCUGGGAAAACUAAAUUGAAGAUGGUGUCAGGGCCUGGAACAAAAUAUGGAAGUUUUUGAGGAUCAUGAAUGGAAAAUAAAAUGUCACAAACUCUGAGAGGAAACAAGGUGGAAAAUUUCAAUCACAUGCAGCACUGAUUCUCGUGGUCCUGCUCACCUUGUUUACAACCAUGAGUGGACAUGUUCAGAUCAAAUUAUAUAAUAACUAGGGCUGAGACGAUAUGCUUUUCUCCCGAUUCGAUUCUUCUACGAUCUUUUGGAUGCCAAGUCGAUUUUAAUUGCGAUUCUACGAUAUUGUCGAUUUUCUUGAUAUUUAGUCUGCAUUUUUAACACCAGUGAAACAGUUGAAUGAUUAUAAUUCUCUACUGACUAUUCCAGGAAUUAUAUUUCCCCCAAAAAUACACAUCACAUGUGAGUCUGUUCUUAAGAUUUAUUAUUGAAUUUUAAAUUAAAAAAAUGAUUUUUGAUCAUAAAAAUUGAUUAAAAAAUUGUAAAACAAAAAAUCACGAUACUUACAUGAAUCGAUUUUUUUCUCCCACCCUUAAUAAUAAUGGAAGUGAGUGUGAUGGACUGAAGGAAUAUAACUGUUUUUAAAUCAGUCUGAUAAUGGCUGAUUCAAUAUUUGGUGUAAAAGUAUUUUUUAGGCAGCUAAUCUUGUUUUACUCAGCCUUAGGGCUGGGUGAUAUGGGAAAAAGUUUAUCACGAUAUAUUUUUUUCACAUCAGUCGAUAUCGAUAUAUCACGAUAUAUUUUUUUCAUAUCAGUCGAUAUCGAUAUAUAUCACGAUAUAAAAAAUGAAAUUUAACAGUGCUUAUUGGUAGCAUGAAAUUGGCAAUACAAUAACCUACUGCAUCUGUGAGGUCUUUGUGUCUCUUUGAUGUUUUGUCGUAAGGCGUUACACUAGAGAAAGCAGACUGAGCAACUCCCCUUUUCAUUGGCUAUUCAUAUAGUCUACCAAAACAUGGCAGAAUUAUAGAAAAGCAUAUUGACCAUGUUUUAUAUCAAUAUUGAGGGAAAUUAGUUUCGAUAUAUAUGGUUAUCGUUUUAUCACCCAGCCCUACUCACCUUGUUGGGGUUUCAAUCUGCUGAAACUAACUAACUAACUCGUUCUACACACACACACACACACACACACACACACACACACACACACACACACACACACACACACACACACACACACACACACACACACACACACACACACACACACACACACACAGAGUGUCAUAGAUAUUCAUGUAAAUGCAAAUUGGUCAUACAUAGCUGCUGCUGUGGAUGGAUCCUGGUUUUGCCAGCUGCUCUGCUCUGAAAGACGCCUCAGUCUCUAAAAUGGGGACAGAGGAAGAAGAAGAAGAACAGAAGAGAAAAGCAGAAAAAAACAGGGUGUGAAGACAGACUGAACAGGCAAAGUUAUGUUGAGGCAGAAGUACAGCUGACCUUCUGCAGCGUCUGGUAAAACCAUCAUUUCUGUGCUGUAGUUAGUAGGAGGACAUUCUACGUUCCUCCAGCCUCACUCCACUUGGCUCAGUUUGCUGUAUCGGCUUUAUUCCUCCAACAGGAAUGCGGCUCAUGAGGGCCAAAUAAAAUAAUUAUCUUUCUUUCCAAGCUGAUGUGGAGCUCAGAUGUUUGGUUGAUCUCUCUGCCCAGUUUUUAAUCUUGAUGUGUGUUUGUUUUUCAUAAAGUUUUGAGAUACGAUUAUGGGAAUGAGCGGUGAGAAUGCUCUGUGACUCAUAUUUGUGUGUUAAAUGUGGAUCAAAAUCAUUUAAUAACUUAGCUGUACAGUUAGUUGUACCUUUCAAUUUGUCGUUUGGGUUUAAAGGGCGAUAAAACGAUAACGAUAUAUUGAUAAUAAUGAUAUGAAACAUGGUCAAUAUGCUUUUCGAUAGUCGGCAUUCUCCCAUGUUUUGGUAGACUAUACGAAAAGCCAAUGAAAAAGGGAGUUGCUCCAGGUCCACUUCACGCUGAACCAAUCGUCGUGUGCUGAAUUAGAACCAAGUAGCAAACAACUGCGUAGUAGCAGGCUGCAGCUACACGCAACCACAGCACUUUAACACGUGGAGCCGACAGCACUGUUGGUGGGAAAAAAAGAAAAUAAGUCAGUGGUGUGGAGGUAUUUUGUUUUUUUGAGUUCGAACAUGAAGCAGCAAAUUAUGUCGAGUACAUGUUCUCACAAAGUCAGGGAAUACCUCAAAUCUUUUUCGCCACCUGAAGCAGUGCCACUUGGCAGAGCGCGCCCAAUGCAAAAGGUUACAAACCCCGAGUGAAGCAAGCAGCCCAUGGCACCUGUGCAGCUGAAAACAGCCGACCAUUCAGUCCGCUUUCUCAAGUGCAACGCCUUACGACAAAACGUCGAAGAGACGCAAAGACUUCACAGAUGCAGUAGCUUAUUGUAUUGCAAAAGACAUGCUACCACUAAGCACUGUUAAAUUUCAUUUUUUAUACUGCGAUAUCAAUAUUGACUGAUAUGAAAAAAAACAUAUUGUAUUAAACUUUUUCCCAUAUCGCCCAGCCCUAGUCUGGAGUGAAGUAGAAAUCACACCUGCAGCACACAGUGACUGUGAGUUCAGCCAAAGGGUUAAGGUGCAUGACUCUGUAAGCAAUAAGGAGAAGUCAGUGUUAACACAAGACAUUGAAAAAUAAAGAGAGCGAGAGAGAGAGAGAGAGUGUGUGUGUGUGUGUGGCUGGACUGUGCCAACUUCACCGUUCCUAAGAGACUUCCUGUUUUCAGUUUCCCUCUACAUUCUUCAGCAGUAAGCUCAUGCCAACACACACAUGCGCACACACUGAUAUAAUGUCUAUAAGCAGACAUUGUAAAACAGUCUUUUUCUGUCUGUCUAGUUGUGUAUGUCGCAGCUAUUUUCGUUGUCUUGUAUACAUCUUAUGAGUCCUCUGCUGUAUCUGUCUUUUCUUGCUUCCCACAUGUAAGAUAUUCGUGAUUUUCCUCUCCCCUCCAUGUUGAAUGAUGUCACCUCUUCGUGUUUUGGCUUCACACCACAAAGUUUUGGCUGAGAGACCGGCUGGAACUCUAAUUCUUACAAUUAGGUGUCUGGACCUUUCACAGAUGGAAGACUGGAUAAACAGGGGUUCCAGGGAGAGAGAAAAUCAUAGUAUAUCUUAGAAAUGUUCUGAUACCAAUUUUUCCCUCCUAGUGUCGAUUCUGAUACUUAUGUUGCGGGUAUCUGCCGAUACUGAGCACCUAUCCAAUACCAGUAUGUUAUAAAAAAAAAAAUUAUACCAGGCAUGACUGGCAAAAAAUCUUGUAGAGUUUGCUGCCGCGGCUCGUUCUUCCUUCUCCCCUUUGCUCUGGUAAAUCCAUCGUGCUCUGUAGCAUGACGUGUCUUCAAGUUGCUGGUCUUAAAAGUAGCAACACUCAUGCUACCUCUCGAAAUAUUUUCUUGGCAUAUGUUGCAUGUCGCAGUCUUACUGGUGGGAUCAUCCAUCGUGAAAUACUGCCACACCGCCUACAUGACGCUAGUGCUAAUUAGCUGCUACUUAGCUUAGGUCUGAGCCUUGUCAACUGUAUCAACAGGCUCUGGUUCUGACGCAGUGGAUCACGUGAUCCAAUGUGUUUUAGAUCGGCAAAGAAGAACAGUGUCAGAGCUAACGGAGCUAAGCAGUAAAUAGAUUACUAGUUUUAUAAAUUACGUGAUAUCAGAUUGGUGCCAGGACUCCAGAACUCGCUGAUACCAAUGACACUAUUUUUCGGCAGUAUAAGAGCAAUUUUCGAUACUGGCACCGGAAUCGGAACAACUCCAAUAUAUCAGGGGUGACCAUAAUUCUGAAUCCCCAAAAAAUGACACAACUACACAAGGCAGAGUAACGGAGUCCCGUGUAGUAAAUUUUGAGAGUUUUUCGAGUCGGGUUGAGUGUUUUUUACGCGCUUCCAACUCAGUAAGUCAACGCGACACAAACCCAAAACCCCGGACAUUUGAAGGAUUUUAUAAACUCCCUCGGACAAGCUGGACAGCCCCGCCAAAAAGAAGACAUGUCCGGGUAAAAGAGGAUGUAUGGUCACCCUAAGUAUAUCUGUUAUCAUUAAAUGUUAGGACAUUCACAAUCACUUCAGUUUUCAAAGUUAGAACCUGACAAUUAUCUUUCCCUGUCUUUUAGACCUGGAGAAGUACAUCAUUUUAGUCCUAUUGACAUUCAGAACUAGCCUUAAUUCAAAGAUUUGUCUGAACAACACUCAGAGCAGCUUGUAGGUCAUUAAAGGGAAGAUAAUGAGGUGUCAUAUAAUCAUAUCAUCUGCAUAAAAUCGAAACUUUGCAUAAAACUUUACAUGAAUAAAAAAAUCGAACAGGACCUGGAAUGGACCCUUGUGGGACACCAUUUUGUCUGGAAAGAAUCUAGUAAGCAAACCUUGAACUGGGACACAUUAGCUCCUGUUCUACAGACAACUAUUUAACCACUGAACUGUAGUUGGUGAAAACCCAGUUAGUUAAACCCUCUGUAAAACAAUCGAAUGAUCGUCUGUGUGAAAACCCUUAGAUAAGUCUAAGAAAAGAGCAACACAGUGUUCUUUCGACUCAAUAGCAUUUAUGAUAUCAGUUAGGACCUUCACUGUAGUCGUGUUUUCAUCUGAGUCCAGACUACAGGUCAUUUAGAAAGCACAGCAUAAUGAGAACAUUUGAACCCCUCUUAUUUUAAAACCUGCUCCAACAAAUGUCCAAGAACUUCAGCCAGGAGAAAAACAAAUGACACCAAUCUUUCUCGAACACCUUGUGCAUACCCAAAACAGAGUCUUACCCACAAAAUGUAAUUGUUUCCUCUUUGGGACCCAUGACAUAGAGUUCAAAUAAAGUCAGUUAAAUUUCAGAUUUUUAUCACCACAAUGUAAAGAACUCAAAUUUACAUAUCGAGUUAUCUUUGGCUGCAGUGGUGCUUUCAUUUCCUGCCUCCAAAUCUGACUGUGUGGGCUUUAUUUCAAAGUUGACUGUUUCUAUGGCAAUCAGUGUUGUUGUUGUUUUGGCAGUUUGGCUUAGAAGGAAAUGAUAUAUUCAUGCUGUCAGUCCAUGACACGACUGGAGUAUUCAUAGCGGAAAAACAAAGUAAAGACAUGCAGAAACACUGCCUUCAGAGCCCACUGACGUCAGUGUGACCUGAUUUAUACUCCUGAAACCUGUGUGGAUACUGGCCAGCUUCCUGUCAGCCAUUGUUUGCCUCUGAUCAGAUAAGGUUUUCAUGAUCUUUGUGGCCGAGCAUUUUAAUUGGCUGCUCCACAGACUUGGAUCCUGAAUCGCCAAGUUUUGCAGAGCAGUUUUCAAUGAAGAAGAUAAGAGACUUCAAGCAUAGAAAACACUUCUCAGUGGUGUAUGGAAGGGCAGGAAGGAGAUAACAGGUAAGUAUCUGACCUUACCUCUCAGCCUCCCGGUCAAGACAGAUGGAUAACCUUACCCAGUCAACAAAUACCAGCUGCAGGAUAAUGUAUGACCACUCCUCGGCGGUGGUGUUAGUUUGUCCCUUCUUUGUUUGCUGAGGAGACAAGAACACACAAGACGCUAUUUGAUCAACUUUGUUAACAGUAGCAGCUUUAACACAAGACAUUCUUGUGCCAGGAAGUAGUCAGACCCUGGCUCUCUCUUAAGGCUUAAAAGACCUCGCAAAUUUAAAAAGGACUAUUAACAGGAUUUUUUUUUCCCACCGUAUGAACAGCAACAUCAGCUGCAUGUACUGAUUCGACUCCUACCUGAACAUAAUAAGUUUUAACUUGUUUUAGUUAUGUGCUGAAGUUGGCUGAUGAGUGGGUGUGUUGUUGUCUACUGCUCGCCUUGGUGAUGACCUCAGCUUCACAUCUUUGCUUGCGCCAUGAUAAGCUGGAAGUAAAUCUGAGUCAGCAUUCCCAAUCCGGCGAUCAUCACCGUGUCUGUGCCUAAUGACCUUUUCUUUAGAAACCAGCGGGUGAUCUCACUAUUGAUGUCAGACUAUUGCAAUGGGUUGAUUUUUUUUAAGUGGGUGUUAAAAGUAAAAAAAAUGACUUCAGUGAAAUGAUCAGACUUGCUGCUUCUGGUCUGGUUUACUUUUUUUUUUUAAUCAUCUCAGUGUGUUUCAUUACCACAGGAAAACUUGUCACAUGAACUUUAUUUUGGAGGAUGCAUUAAAAACCCAAUUGAACUCACUUUAAAUUGAAUUUAUGAUGCUGAAUAGGCUCUGUGCACAGUUCCACUACUCCCUGAAUUUAAAGGGAUAUUCCAGCAUAAAUUUAAGUUAGGGUCAAACAUACUGUAACACUGAGUUAGACACCCCCGUUGAGAGAUGAAUGUUGCCGACCACUUGCUUCUCUAGUUAUACCAACUUUAGUAACGACCGCAUGAUAGCAAUACACAGCAGUCUAUGUCUCCAUGCGCACACCGCAACCAAAACGCCACUCUAUAGCCACAAAUAAUACUCAGAACAGCCCCUAACUUCAUCAACAAGACAUAUAGGGUCCCAGCAAUAGCACUAGCCAUCAAACAUCUUUUUAACUUUGCCUAAUUUCUUUAGCAAAGAGACUAAACACAACUCACCUACUCUCUUCCAGCAGCCGCUUGUUUGUACAGAGACCUCAGGCGAGUCCAUUACCGCAGCGGGGUGAUGCAGCUCAAGGAAGAACAUUAAUUAUCUUAAUUUUACGCCGGAAUUUCCCCUUAAGGCAGCUCCUUUAUCAACUUUAUCUUGCAUCAUUGGACAAACUAAUUAAUCCAGGUGUGACUGAUCAUUGUGACUAAUCAGACACACCUGGAUUUAAUCAGUUUGUCCAAUAAUGUCAAACAGGAAAUAAAGGAGCUGCCUUAAGUUCAGGAAGUAGUGGAGCUGUGCGUAGAGCCCAUUUGACUGCUCUGAAAUGCUCCUGGUUCUGAUGUAGGGCUGGGUGAUAAAUUGACAAUUUACAGAUACUGAAAUUUAUGACAAUAACAUUUUGCCCUUGUCAAUACACUUGGUGCCAAAAAAAUAAAUAAAUAAAAGUUGGUUUUGGAUGUGUGUAGGUAGGCUAUGGUCUCACGUCCCUUUAAGACGCUGUCCUACAUCAGAGAUGCGACUCCACCCCAUCCAGUCCGCAACAAAGAGGGAAAGACAGGUGAGGAGAUGGAGGACGGUUCAAAAGUUGUAGCGGCUGAAGUAGACAAAGUUAAUAUGGGAGGGGCUGAGCAGCUUGUGAAGUAGUUAUCGUCCAUUUAUUGUUAUCGAGGUGAACUGAUCAAUAUAUCAUGAUAUUGAUUUGAGGCCAUAUCGCCCUGCCCUAUCAUGAUGGAUAAUUCAGCUUUGCGUUUCUACUUUUAUAAUUUAGUUUCAGGUUCAUCUUUUUGAACAAACCCCAUGACUGAAAAAGAGCUCUCACAACAAAGUCCAACAGCAGAGACUCUGUGAGACAAAUAUGACCCUACUUGGAAAAAUAAAACUAACUUGGAUUGAAUCUUUACAUGGAGUUACUAAAUUUGAAUUCAAGAUUGACCUCUGUCAUCCAGUUUAGACAAAAAAAUAGUCUUCCCCUUAAAGCACCAUAAUGAGCAUCAACUUUUGAAGAAGGGGGUCCUGACCCAGCAGCAGUUUUAGCUCCAAGUUUGGAGAAACUGAGUCACAAGAAAAAAGGAUGUUUGACUGCUCGUGAACGCAGCCUGAACUCGUGCUCACAUUGAUCCAGGACCAGAACUUCCUCAUGAAUCUGAGCCCACACUCAGCUCCAAACGGGAGGGGAACACUAUAGUUUGGGGUUUCUGUGGUUUCCUGGGGAGUGGUCCAUGUGAGAGGUUGAGCGUGUGCAUGUGUGCGUGUGUGUGUGUGUGUGUGUGCGUGCGGAGGCUCUGUCAAAGACUCGUCAACGCUCCAGAUCUAACCACAUUAGUCAUACCAGGAAUUCCUUCAUAUGUACACCUCACUGUGCGGACACACACACACACAUUCCUUGCAGUCAGCCAGCGUGAACUGGAUGUGGGAAAUAGCAGAGCAAACAGAUUUUUAACAGCUAUUGCUCGAUUUUCUUGUGUGUUUGCGUUGCUGUGAUCACGUUGUGUAUUAUUUGGCGUCUGAGUGGUGACCCUGUAAUCACAGCUGUGUGAGUGAGUUAUGAUGAGCAGCAUGGUGAUUUGGGUUCUAUGUUUGGGGACUUAAUAGGUCGUUUUAUAGGGAAAGUCAUUUUUGGACUGCGUUGCGUGAGAAAGCACUACAUAAAAUCUUAACAGGGUUGUCGGACUCGCUGUUUUCUAGAAAAAUAAAAAGGAAACAAAUGACAAAAUAUAAACAAGAAAAGAAAACAGAAAGUCCUUCUCCUGAAGACAUCAUCCCUCUGCGAAAAUAUGGACACACUUUAUCAGUAAAAUCUUCUUUUAAUGUAAAUUUACCCACAAAUGCUGAGAAUUCAGGUGUAUGUAAACAUUAUUUACUUUGUGAAUUCUCAAAGUAAACCUGCAGCUGAUUUGCUUUGAGGAAAAACUGUCGAACUAUCAAUAACAAAGUUAAUGAAGUGGGGUUAGUUUGGUCUUCUCAGUCAUCACAUGACAUCAAAAAAAUGCUGCUGGUUUUUUUCCGAGACGAUCAUCUGAUUGAGGAUAAACAUGAUGUAGCCUGAGGCGGUGGAAAAGUAUCAGGCUAGUAUAAAAUACACUAAUGUGUUUUCUGUCUUAAAACAGAUCUUUUUGAUUUGAAACUGCAAUUUUGUUCUUACCUCAAACUCUCCAAACAGACUUCAGAGUUUUAACUCAUAUUUUUCUUCCUCUUUAAACAUUUCAAGUUCCAUGUUCUUAAUCCAGCUCUCAAACUUUAUCUGAAAGUUUAUUGCCUGUCUGAGCUGCUUUAUCAGGUACAGAUAAGGAGAAUGGGUGAGGAGAAUCAUAUCACACAGUACUCUGACACCACUGCAAACACAGGUGUCUGGUUUUCCCACCUGAAUGCUGAAAAGGUGGAUCUUAGGGUCAGUCUCUUCCUUUUUUUAUUGAAUCAACAGCCCCACCUUGUGGUGGCUUCAGGUAGAGUUUUUUUUCACUGAGAUUUGUAAAUAGAGUUGAAAUUUAUCAUUAAUUAGAGCAGCUGAUUCACAAUGCAAACAGCAUGGCAGACUUAAAGGGAUAUUCCAGCAUGUAACAACCGCAGGCUGCGUCACCCCGCUGUAGUCCGUAAUGGACUGGCCUGAGGUCUCGCUACAAACAAGCGGCUGCUGGAAGAGAGUAGGUGAGUUGUGUUAAGUCUCUUUGCUUAAGACCCUAUAUGUCCUGUUGAUGAAGUUAGGUGCUGUUCUGAGCAUUAUUUAUGGCGUUUUGGUUGAGGUUUGUUUAUGGCUCCUCAGACCGCUGUGUAUUGCUAUCUUGCGGUUGUUACUAAAGUUGGUAUAACUAGAGAAGCAAGCGGUCGGCAACUUUCAUCUCUCGAGGGGGUGUCUACCUCGGUGUUAUGGUUUGUUUGAUCCUAAAUUAAUUUUACGCCGGAAUAUCCCUUUAAGUUGACUAAAGAAAGCAGUGAUAUCUGCUUACAAACAGCUGUAAAGUGACUCAAUAUGCAGCCCAUUCACUCAGAGUCUGUUUUUCUCUCUCCAUCUCUUAUAAUUUCACCAUCAGUCCAGGCAGCAUUUAAAGAAUCCUGUAACUUUCUUCAAAUUUGAUUGUCUUUCAAAAUGAAAUUAAACCAUCCUACGGCUUCAUAUAGGACAAAUGACUCAGUUUGUGGUUCGUGUCAGAGCUGGUGCAGAUCAGAACCUCAAAAAGAAAUUAAGUGUAAACUUGACAUAUUUGUGUUUUCCUGUUUUGAACUGUGAGGCUCUCCAUUUAUCUUUUUUUUUAAUCGUACUGUGAAAAACUUCACCAGGUUUUCUAUCUUCUUACUUUAUCUGUUGUAGUUUCUAAUCCUCCUCUGAGUGACGAUGGCAGACAGCUCGCACUGCUUCUACUGCCGGGAGGACCUGGGGGGGAAGAGGUUUGUUCGCAAUGAAGGCCGGCCGGUGUGCGUCCGCUGCCACACAAAGUUCUGCGCCAACUCCUGCGCCCAGUGCCAUCGACCCAUCCCUGUGGAAUCAAAGGUGAGUGUGUUAGAGGAGGCGCGCGUUUCCUUUCUUUCUUUCUUUCUUUCUUUCAUAAUCACAGGGUGAGUGACGCCCUUUUAUUUCCCCCCGUUCAUACCUCUCAUCAAACGUUCCCUCCCUCCCUCCAUCAGGAGCUCAGCCACAGAGGCCGGUACUGGCAUGAGGAGUGUUUCCGUUGUGCAAAGUGUUACAAGCCUCUUGCCAAGGAGCCCUUCAGCACGAAGGAUGACCGCAUCCUGUGUGGAAAGUGCUGCUCCAGAGAGGAUGCUCCUCGCUGUCACGGCUGCUAUAAACCAAUACUCGCAGGUGAGUGAUCGGCAACGGGCCCCAGAAUCUUUGGAGAGUAAGGAGAGCCACAAGGACUUUUAGAAAGAAGGUAACAAGAGAAAAGAAACACAUUAGAAAUAGUUUUUUUAAAAAUUUAGAUAUUAGUUCAUGAUGAUAGCAAGUCAGGUUGUUAAAACUCUUUUUUUUUUAAAAUUUUCAGAACAAAGACUUUUAAUUUGAAAUUGCGCCUCUGCCAAGUUUGAUUCGAUUAAACCUGAUAACUUUAAAUGAGCCGGUGUUUCCUGUGUCUGAUCCUCUGCAGGCACUGAGAGCGUGGAGUACAAAGGGAACUCUUGGCAUGACGAGUGCUUCACCUGCUGCAGCUGUAAAGGACCAAUCGGAUCGCAGAGUUUCAUCACCAAAGGAACCGACACUUACUGCACUCCCUGCUACGACAAGAAGUUUGCCAAACACUGUGUCAGCUGCAAAAAGGUUUUUUUUUUCUUCUUUUAAUGUUUUCAAGGGGAUCCAAACUGAAGAUGACAAAAACAAAUUAACUUUCAGUCUUGUCUAAAAAUUUGUGAAUGCUUUUCUUCAUCCACUGAGCUCCUCUUUCGAUCUGUCUCCGGCCGAUAACUUCCGGAGGAGUGAACUAUCAGGACCAGCCGUGGCACGGACACUGCUUUGUUUGCAGCUCUUGCUCAAAGCCUCUGGCCGGGACGAGUUUCACCAACCAUCAGGACCAGGUCUUCUGUGUGGACUGCUACAAAACCUCUGUGGCUAAGAAAUGCAGCGGCUGCCAGAACCCCAUCACAGGUAAACACAGUGAGGGUUUAAAAAACAUGGAAAUAAAACUGUUUAAGCUAGGGCUGCACGAUUUUUCAAAGUUUUUCCAUCAUCUCUCAAAACCAAACCCCUGAAAAACGAUGUAGUGCAUAUGCCAAGCCAGUAAAUGGCGAUGUGACGAUGCCUAGGAAAUGUACAAAAGACAGAAGAAGAGUACAGAGCAUGUAUAUAAAGGUUGUUUUGGUCGGACACACACAGCUGCCAUAAGAGAGUUACCCCCAAUUUCCACCGUAUCCGGAACGGCUACGAAAAGGCCGUAUCUGCCAAUCAUAGCUGAUCGUAACCAUCAGUUUCGUAAAUUGAAUUAUUUCUGGAUGUUUUCUGUCACUCCAUCCAAGUAUCAGAUAUUUGCCAUUAGCCAGUUAUCUCUGGAGUGCAAAAACUUGAUCAAUAGGUAAUGAUUGUGUGAUAUUUUUUAAUGACAGGGAUGUGACUAAAAAAGAAAACAUGCUUUUGCCCCUCUCCUGUCAGGUUUCGGUAAAGGGGUGAACGUGGUGAACUACGAGGGCAGCUCCUGGCAUGAGUACUGCUUCAACUGUAAGAAAUGCUCCCUUAGUUUGGCCAACAAGCGUUUCGUCGCCAACGGAAGAGACAUCCUCUGCUCUGACUGCGGGAACAAGUAG